AUGGCCCUAGUAAUGAAGAAGAUGAUGCGUUUCCCAGAAUCCUUCGCAUCCACAUACCUUGUUGUCCUCCUUCUCUUUCUCCAGCUGCUCACACUGAGCUCAGCUGAAUUUUCUGUGAUUGGACCUGCUGAUCCUGUCCUAGCCCUGGAGGGGGAAGAUGUUGAGUUACCCUGUCACCUGGAUCCCAAGAUGAAUGCUGAAGAUAUGGUUUUGAGAUGGUUCCUACCCCAGUCUUCUAUGGAUGUGCACCUGUUUGGGAACAGAGAUGAUCUGUUUCAAGACCAGAUGAAGGAGUAUCGAGGCAGGACAGAGUUGCUGAGAGAAGCCAUUGAUUAUGGGAGUGUGGCUGUGAGAAUACACAAUGUCAGAGACUCUGAUGAGAGAGAGUAUAUUUGCUCUUUCUCUGAUGGUCAAGAACAUGAAGAAGCCUCUCUGGAGCUGCAUGUGGUGGCUCCUCUAUUCCCGAGGGCUUUUCCGUCGAUGGUGGCUCUGUGUGUGACCUUCCCUGUGCUGGGACUGCUCAUCAUUGGGGGUCUUUAUCUCAUCUGGAAAUGGCACAGGGACAAAGAAAAACUCCAGAUCGAGCUCAGGAAGAGUUUGUUCCAGUUACAUGAGGCCCAUAUCACUCUGGAUCCUGACACAGCACAUCCCGGACUUAUCUUGCCUGAGAACCGCAAACAGGUGAUCUACGGAUUCACAUGGCAAAACCUGCCUAAGAACCCUGAGAGAUUUGAUACAACACCCUGUGUGCUGGGUAGUGAAGGCUUCACUUCGGGGAGACAUUACUGGGAGGUAGAUGUGAAAGACUCAGUAGGGUGGAUUCUGGGGAUUUGUAGGGAAGAUGUGAGGAGGAAAGGGGCAAUUAUAUUUUCACCUGAGAAUGGAUUCUGGACUGUGGGAAGAUACCGGAAUGCUUACUGGGCCCACAAUCCCCCCCGCCCCCGUCUUCAGCUGGCCACAUGCCCCCACCAGGUGGUGGUUUCCCUAGAUUAUGAGGCUGGAAACGUCUCAUUCUACAGUGGGACUGACGGAUCCCACAUCUACACUUUCCCCCGUGCUACCUUCUCUGGGAUCCUCCGCCCUUUCUUCAUGCCUCCACACUAUACUUUUCUGACCAUCUGCCCUUGCUCUGUGGGGGUCGGUAUGACCUUGCCCCUGCCCCCCAAUAACCACCCCCCUCUAGGGGAGGGACCAGCCUCGGCUGAUGGAGUUGUGGAUCCCUUAUCUGGGGCGGAUUUCCCAUUGCCCAUCCCCCAGACCAGCCCGGUGUCCUUCCUGCCCCUAGGGUGCCACCCAGCCCCGCCCUCUGCCCCCUCCAGCUCUCCAUCCCCUCCCCUGGCUGCAGCUGCCUGUGUCCCCACCUCCUCUGCUGCUCCCCCAGGGCAGACCCUGACUGUGGGGGCUCUGUCUGCUGCUGCUGCUGCUGCUGCUGCUGCUGCUGCCAGGGAAUGGUCUUCACUGGGGGCUGGGCUGGGGGCAGUGAAGUGGCUGCAGCAGGCCUGGUCUGUCACUCUAGGUUCUGACCCCCACAUCCACCUGGAAGGGUAUGAAGAUGGAGAAAUCCAGCUGGGGUGCACAUCAGCCAGAUGGUACCCUGAGCCCCAGGUGCAGUGGAGAGAUGCCAUGGGAAAGAUGGUCCCGUCCCUGUCCAAGUCCCAACCCUACACUUUUAAUGACCUGUUCGGUGUGGCAGCAUCCGUGAUUGUCCAAGAAGACUCUGUGGGAGCCAUAUCCUGCUCCAUCUGGAAUCCCCUCCUCAACCAAGAGAAGGGGGCACUGAUUUCCAUAGCAGCUCCCUUUUUCCCAAGGGCCUCUCCUUCCACGGUGGCUUUGCCUGUGAUCCUGUUCAUGCUGGUACUACUUAUCGCUGGAGGCCUUUAUCUCCUUAGGAAACUGCAGAGGGAAAAAGGGAAACUCCAAGCCAAGCUCAGCUGGAGCUUGGCCCAGUUACACACCGUGGAUGUCACUCUGGAUCCGGACACGGCUCAUCCCGAACUCGUCCUCUCUGAGGACCGGAAACAAGUGACACGUGGAGACACCCAGCAGAUCCUGCCUGACAACCUGGCGAGAUUUGAUGUUUUCCCCUGUGUGCUGGGCCACGAGGUCUUCACCUCGGGGAGAUGUUACUGGGAGGUGGAGGUAUGGGACAGGAAGUCCUGGGGUCUGGGAAUCUGUAGGGAAGAUGUGGCAAGAAAGUGGUCAUCCUCCGAGUCACCUGAGAAUGGAUUCUGGGCUUUGGAGUUGUAUGAAAGUGAAUACCGGGCCCUCACCUCCCCCCGGACUCCUCUCUCACUGACUGAGCCCCUUUGUCGAGUGGGGGUUUACCUGGACUACGAGGCUGGAAUUGUCUCAUUCUAUAGUGGGACUGACGGAUGCCUCAUCUACACUUUCCCCCACAGCACCUUGUCUGGGACACUCUGGCCUUUCUUUCGCCUUUGGUUCUAGGACCCAACCCCUAUGAGCAUCUCCCAUGCUCCAAGGAGUUUGAGGGAGUCCCUGGUCCUGCCCCCUCUCAGGAGACCCCAGGAGCCCUCCCCAGGGGCAGGACCGGCCUCAGUCACUCGGAAGGGGGAUUGCCUCCCUGGAGUUGAUGCCCCAUUGCUCCCCACACCAGCUCAGCCCUGA